GGGGCGGGGCCCCUGGGGCAGUGGGGAGGGCCUGGGCAGGCCCGGGUUCUUUGAGGGGCUGCCAGCCUUUCCUUCUCCCUCCUCCCACGGCCUCAACCUCAACCCCGAUGUCCUUCCCCCAGCAGUCUCCCACACCUCCAGUGCGGGCCAGCCUGCAUCCUCUCCUGUCUCACCCUGUGCCCCUGUCCCAGUUCUCAGGGGUGGGAGGCAACAAGGAAUGCGCAAAGGACCCCGGGGCCGGGCGGCUCUGCAGGGACCCAUCUGGCGGACUUGGGGCUGGGCGGGGAAUUCAGGGUGCCCGGGAGCCCCGCCCCACCGCUGGCAGGGAGAAGGGACCUUCCGCGGCUCCAGAAGCCACAGGGAUGGCAGGCCCUCGCCACCCGGUGUCGGUGUGCGCGGCAGCCCUGGUGCAGACGGGGCACCUCCAGACGUUCGCUUUUUCUGUGCGCUGGUCGGACGACAGCGACACUUUCGUGCGCAAGAGCUGGGACGAGUUUAGGAGACUCCACAAGACCCUUAAGGAGACGUUCCCGGUGGAGGCCGGCCUGCUGCGGAGAUCCGACCGCGUUUUGCCCAAGCUUCGCGACGCGCCACUGGUGGCGCACGGGGGGCGCACGGGCCGCGGCCUGGAGCGCCUGCGGCUGCUCGAGGCCUAUUCCCGGAUGCUGCUGGCGGUGGCGGGGCGCGUGUCCCGGAGCCCGGCGCUCGUCGGCUUCUUCGCGCCGCAACCCUUGGACCUGGAGCCCACGCUGCCCCAGGGCAGCCUGGUGAUACUGCCCGUCCCCGAGGAGCCCCCAGCACGGCCCGCGGGCAACCUCGUCAUCCGCAGCCUGGAGACCCAGAGGCUGCGCUGCCUGCAGCCCUUCUGCGCCCAGGACACGCAGGGCCAGCCCUUCCACACGCGGGCCCAGGAGGCCCUGGACGUGCUGCUGCGACACCCCUCAGGUUGGUGGCUGGUGGAGAACGACGACAAGCAGACGGCCUGGUUUCCCGCUCCCUAUCUGGAGGAGGUGGCCCCAGGCCAGCGGCAGGCGGGGCAGGAGGCGGCCCUGCCCCCGGGGAGCAGCGGGCGGCAGUUCUGUGCUGCCCGCGCCUAUGAGGGGAACCGCGCCGACGAGCUGUCAGUGCCCGCCGGGGCGCGCGUGCGCGUGCUGGAGGCGUCGGACCGCGGCUGGUGGCUGUGCAGGGCCGGCAGCCGCGUGGGUCUUCUUCCCGCCGCGCUGCUGCGGCCCGACGGCCUGGGCACGCUCCUGGGCCGGCCCGGGCUGCAGCGAGGGGUCGACGGCGGCCAGGAACGGGCGGCGGAGGCCCGCGGCUCCCCACAGGCGCUUCCGGCCACGAGCCCUCCCCCGACGGUGCCUGCCCGGCCCGGGCUGAGCACCAUCCGGAGCCGCUGCUGCACCAUCACAUGGAGGGCGCUGGGGCAGGACCCGGGGCCCCCUUGAGGGCGGGUGGAGGUUCCCCAGCUUUGCUGAGCCGAGAAAGAACCGGAGGAUCCAGACCCCAAGGGAUGACGGAUGCCCCCGCAGCCCCCUCCAGGCUGGGGGGGUUCUCUGGCAGCACCACGAGGCCACAUGUAUCCUUUGUCCUUUCCCCCCAGUAAAGCUCCUACCAA